AUGUCGACGGUCUUCCAGGACGUCGAAGCGUACAACACAGCAGUCGGUGCGUACGGCCGACAGUCUCGAUGGCUCGAGUCCCUGUGCCUGCUCAGCGUGCUGCUCCAGCGAGGCUUGCGAGCCACGAUGGUCUCCAGGAGCGCCGCGCUGGGUGCCUGCUCGAAAGCGAGAAGGUGGCAGGCAGGCCUCACCCUCCUGCGGAGCAUCUUCGCCACGAGUCUUGAAGCCAGUGUCCCCUGGAUUGAUCGGCAGUGCGGGGCAGUGGCACUGGAGCCGCCACUUGCUGGCCACACGGCCGAUCACAGCUUCCUUUCCCAUUUUGCCUUCCCUUUUCUCUCGUCUCCCAGUGCUUCCGCCUCGGUGUGUGAGGAUGACAUGCGCUGGCACACCAUCCUUCCUACCGUCGUCAGCCUCGGUGCCCUGAUCACAGCUUGCAGUCUGCAUGCAUUUUGGUCGGCGGCUCUUCGCUCUGUCAUGGUGAUGCAAGACCUGAAUGUACAGCCUGACCUCGUGGCACGGAACGCUGUUAGCGAUGCAGCGGCUGCUGCUGCCAACUGGCCUUUGGCGACGAAGCUGCUGGACGAGACGGGAGAGGUGGACGCGGGGAAGAGUUGCUUUGUGAAGCUGGCUAGGCUUUGGCUGAGGGAGGGCGCUGGCGCCGGGCCGUCGAUGCCUGGUAUGCCCCGGAAUGUGAUCCAGCUGAAUUCAGUGAUCAAGAGCUUGGGCCUCUCGGAGCUGCAAGCUGAUCCAAAGCGCCAGGCUGAUGCCAAGCUUAUUUUAUUUACCAUUCGCCCUCUGAAGGUCAAAGCUGGGAGCAUGCCGCAGAGACAGCCAGACGCAUCCGGUGAAGAUCUGCAAUGGGAAGUUGCGGUCCAGCUCUUCACCCUCGACCUCUGCUCAGGAGCGCGGGCCACGACCUCUGCCGCCACAGCGGCAAUGGCUGCUGCGAGGCGCGCGGGGCAUUGGCGCCGGGUCUUGGGCAUCUCCGCCGCCCUGGCGUGCUGGCAGGCCCAGGAGGGCAAAUCGGAGCUAGCAAGCUGCCGCAUGCUGAUGCUGGGGCUUGUGGAGGGCCAAAACGCACCUGGUUGGAUUUUUCAGGUGCCACGAGACCUUCUCUGCUACAAUGAGCAGCUGGCAGCCUUUGCCGACUCGCAGAGGUGGAGGAACGCUGUGGCCGCCUUGCAGAUGCAGGCCUUUCGCAGCUUGCGGCCUGACACCGCGGAACACAACACGUGCCUGGCAUCGUUUACGGCAUCAGCGUGGCGCAAGCUUGUGACCCAUCUUCAUGAAGUUUGUGCCGAGGGCUCUGUUGAUGCUGUAAGCUUCCACUGCGCCGCCGCUUGCUGCGCUGCGGCUGGUGAGGUGGGUGCGGUGCUCCAGAUUGUGCAGCACCGCGGCAGCAAUUUUGCAGCAAUGCUCUGCAAUGCUGAAAGCCAGUACUCCUCUGCGCAAACUGUCACUGCUCGGUGCACGGAAGUGCACGGAUGCAUGGCUCCAGUCGAGUGCGCUGAGGCAGGGGCGCUCACAAAGGCCAUCACCUUUCCUGCUGCUUGCAUGUGUGACAGCGUGUGGAUACACUUUCAAGCAACUGGUCCUCCCCGCCAGUUUGGACGCCGACUCAGUGACGUUGGCGGCGGCGGCACUUGCCGCAGCGCCACCCCAGAUUCUGGCCGCCCUGCGUGGCCCGUGUCUGGAUCGUAUGCAGAGAGUGAGCUACAAAAGUUGCAUCGCGUGGAAUGA